UAGCUAGACCGUCAUUCAUUCAGUGCUACGAUAGCCAUCCAUCCUUCCUGAGGUGCGAGUUUGUGUGGAACUGAUAGCGAGACGAUGGAUCGUUGGCACGGUAAGGUGGCCGUUGUGACCGGUGCUAGCUCCGGUAUUGGGGCGGCCAUUGUGAAGGAUCUCGCCAAAGCUGGCAUGAUUACGAUCGGACUAGCCCGGCGCGUUGAGCGGGUGGAGCAACUCAAGAAAGACCUACCAAAGGAGGCCGCCGCACGGUUACAUGCGAUGAAGUGUGACGUUUCCGUGGAGACCGAUAUCGAGCGAACGUUCCAGCGCAUCCGCGAUACGCACGGUGGUGUGGACGUGCUGGUGAAUAAUGCUGGAAUCGUUCGAUCGAACAAUCUGCUCGAUGUUGGCACGGCGGCAGAUCUACGGGCCGUACUGGACACGAACGUAACUGGCCUAGUUCUGUGUAGUCAGUGGGCGUUCAAAUCGAUGGUGGAGCGGAAAGUCGCCGGCCACAUUGUGCACAUCAACAGUAUCGCGGGACACAGUGUACCGUUCCUGCCGAAGCUGAACAUCUACCCCGGCACGAAGCAUGCGGUUACGGCUCUGACGGAAGUAAUGCGCCAGGAGAUGCGAGAAGCCGGAACGAAGAUUAAAGUGACGAGUGUCAGCCCCGGUGGUGUGAAGACAGAAAUUCUGAAUUCGGCCGAAAUCCCCGAGGGAAUGCCGCUGCUCGAAGCGGAAGACAUCUCAGCAGCGGUACUGUACGCGAUCGGUACACCGCCCCAUGUGCAGGUGCACGAGCUUAUCAUCAAACCGAUCGGGGAAGCUUUCUAACUACUGGAUUAAAGCUGGAUUAAACGGAGUAUGAAGGACUCACAGUGAGAAGCUCUUGGCCCAACAUAGUACGGGAAGAAUUGAAUCAUAAUUUGGCAUAUUAAAAAAAAAUAUCCCUAAUCUAUCAAGAAGGGUUCCGAAACACGAAA